AUGGUUUCAGAAACAAUACCGACAAAUAAUAGUAGAAAGAAGAAGCUUACGUUUAUCUCAGAGGGUUCAGCUAAUAUCGAAGUGCAAAAAAACUCAGAAGAACGAGCUCAGGAAAAAUAUGAAACUGAAAAGUUACGAAGGACAAGAAAGUCAUUAAGUGAUCAACUACGUUCGAAUGCUGCAAGUAAACAGAAAGCAUUCAAGAACGAAGUUAGAAAGAGAGAGAAGUUCAAUAGACUUAGUAGAGAAGAACUUAAUUUCUUCAAGGAUAUAAAGGAUAAAGAACAAAAAAAGGAAAAUGAGCUCAAAAGAUACCUAGAUCAAAAGACAGAAUCAUUCGAUAAGAAAAGAAGAAAGAUUGAAAAGAAAGUAAAUAGUAACCAGGAGGGGGACGAUAGUCUAAAAAGUAAAACUACUAGUAUUCAAAAUGAUAUGGUAAGUAAUAAAAUAAUAAAGAAAAAGAAUAAAAAGAUAAAAUUAAAAUUAAACCUUUAG